GUAAACAUUUGGAAGGACUAACAGAACAUUUCUGCACCCCCAGAAAACAUGGCUAAAACUCAGGUGGGUUCUUCUGCGAAGGAGACUCUCUUCCGCCAAGAAGCGCCCGGGGGCAUCACCUAUAGAAUUCCAGCCCUGCUGUUCUUGCCUGACAAGUCCCUCUUCCUGGCCUUUGCAGAAGAGCGCUCCUCACCCAGAGACGGACAUGUCAAGUUCCUGGUGAUGAGACGGGGGCAGAAGGAAGGAAAGUCUGUCCAGUGGGGCCCUAAAGAGCCUCUGACGACAGCCUUGCUGCCUGGUCACCGCACCAUGAACCCAUGCCCGGUAUAUGAGAAAACGAGCGGCCAAGUUUUCCUGUUUUUUAUCUGUGUGCGGAGACACAUCUCAGAAUGGCAUCAGAUCAUGUCGAGGAAGAACGCAGCCAGGCUGUGCUUUGUCUCUAGCCAAGAUGGCGGCUACACAUGGAGCCAGUUGACUGAUUUGACCGAUCAAGUGAUUGGACAUGACUUGAGAAACUGGGCCACGUUUGCUGUUGGGCCUGGCCACGGAUUGCAGAUGAGCUGCGGGCGCCUGGUGAUUCCUGCAUAUGCCUACUACAUGCACUGGAGUUUCUUUGCCCCCUCUUCUGUUAAUAACAUAAAACCACAUUGUUUUAUUUUCUACAGUGAUGACCACGGGAAGAACUGGGCAUGGGGCCGGCUCCUCAAGAGCUUGCAGACUAUAGAAUGCCAGGUCGCUGAGCUCACUUCUCAAGAUAACCACCGAGUGUUAUAUUGCAACGCUCGUAGUCCAGACAAGUAUAGGGCUGAAGCCUUCAGCGUGGACUAUGGAACCCAAUUUGAGGAGUCCUUCCUAUGCAAGGAGUUGCCCGAGACAGGAAAUGGUUGCCAGGGCAGUGUGGUGAGUUUCACUCCAGUGCUGCAACCCUCAGAGCCGGGUCGAAGAGAAAAUACAACUGCAUUAAAGACCACUAAGUCAUGGAUGGUUUUUUCCCACCCCGCAAGCAGACACGAGCGAGUCAAUCUGGGUAUCUACCUCAACACUUCCCCACUGGUGAAGGGGAAUUGGAAGGACCCAUGGGUGCUGUAUGAAGGGCCCAGUGGCUACUCGGACCUGGCCGUGUGCGAGGAGGGCCAGUCGCUGCUUUUUGGUUGCUUGUUUGAAUGCGGAGUGUCCAGAGAAUACGAGGAGAUUGCCUUCCAACUCUUCACUGAUGUUGACCUCCUGAGAAAUGUAAAAGAAGGCUGAUCUUGAGUCCCUGUUCCCUCAGAUGUGUUUCUGCCCUUAAUUCCUUGACAUUAAGAAUCCAGCAAC